AUGGACGGCGGGGGCUCCGGGCCGGCGCCCAACGCCGCGCGCACUGCGGACGAGGUCUUCCGCGACUACAAAGCCCGCCGCGCCGGCAUGAUCAAGGCGCUCACCACCGAUGUGGAGAGGUUCUUCAAGCUCUGUGACCCCGAAAAGGAGAACUUGUGCCUUUAUGGCUAUCCCAAUGAGACGUGGGAGGUGACCUUACCAGCUGAGGAAGUGCCCCCAGAGAUCCCUGAACCAGCUUUAGGAAUCAACUUUGCUAGGGAUGGUAUGAAUGAGAAGGACUGGCUGGCGCUAGUUGCAGUCCACAGUGAUUCCUGGUUACUGUCUGUUGCAUUCUACUUUGGUGCACGGUUUGGAUUUGACAGAGAAGCUAGGAGGCGACUCUUUAGCAUGAUAAACAACAUGCCCACAAUAUUUGAGGUAGUGACAGGAGCGGUCAAGAAGCAGGCGAAGGAGAAGACACCUAACAGUAGCAGCAAGAGCAACAAGCCUAGUUCAAAAGUGCAGUCAAGAGCAGAGUCUCGUUCAAAGGCUAAGGUUCCCAAAGACGAAGAAGAGAGCGGCGAUGACGAUGGGGAUGAGGAGGCGGAAGAGCACGACAACACCUUGUGUGGAACCUGCGGAACCAAUGACGGCAAGGACCAGUUCUGGAUCUGCUGCGAUAACUGCGAGAAGUGGUACCAUGGGAAGUGUGUCAAGAUCACACCCGCUCGGGCUGAGCAUAUCAAGCAGUACAAGUGCCCAGACUGCACCAACAAGAGGGCCAGGGCGUGA